AUGGCAGAAGUUAGUAGUAUAAAUUUAGAUGGGAUUGUGGAACGUUUGCUAAUAGCAGGGACUCCUGGGGGGGAUCUUAAAGCGGCAGCUAGGAAAUCUAUAAGAAAAGCUUCAAUAAGUAGUAAUGCGCCAACACCAUCGACAUCUACAGGAAAAUCAAUUAAAAUUGGAUAUGGAAGUGAUUCAAAACCUAUUGUAUUGAUGGAAGAAGAGCUAAAAGGUUUAUGCUUAAUUUCGAGGCAAAUAUUUCUAAAUCAGCCUAUGAUGGUAGAAUUGGAAGCACCUUUAAAAGUAUGCGGCGAUAUUCAUGGUCAAUUUUACGACUUGAUAAGGUUGUUCGAAAAUAUAGGAUAUCCACCUGAAAGUAAUUAUUUGUUCCUAGGAGAUUAUGUGGAUAGAGGAAAACAAAGCUUGGAAUGCAUCAGUUUAUUAUUAGCUUACAAGAUAAAAUUUCCCGAAAAUUUUUUUUUGCUAAGAGGAAAUCAUGAAUCAGCAAACAUUAAUCGGGUUUAUGGAUUUUACGAUGAAUGUAAAAGACGAUGUAAUGUCAAAUUAUGGAAAACAUUCGUUGAUUGCUUUAAUGUGUUACCCGUAGCGGCAAUGAUUGAAGAAAAAAUAUUUUGUUGUCACGGGGGUUUAAGUCCGGAUUUAAAGAAUUUAGAUCAAAUAAAUAAGAUUCCAAGGCCCAUCGAAAUUCCCAAUCAAGGACUCUUAUGUGAUUUACUUUGGUCCGAUCCUGACGAAGAUACAGAAGGAUGGGAGGAUAAUGAUAGAGGAAUAUCAUAUAUUUUUGGACCAGAUAUCGUAGCAAAUUUUAGAAAAAAACACGGAAUUGAUUUAAUAUGCAGGGCCCAUCAAGUUGUAGAAGAUGGUUAUGAGUUCUUUGCAAAUAGAGGCUUAGUCACGAUAUUUUCGGCCCCAAAUUAUUGCGGAGUCUUUGAUAACGCGGGGGGUGUCUUAAGUAUUGAUAAUCAACUAACUUGCUCUUUUCAAAUCCUAAAACCUGAUAAAAAAAACAAAUCGCCCACUAGAGAUAGGCGUAACACACCCCCUCCCAGAAAGGGUUAG